AUUGCUCCUUAAUCUGCCACCUCAUACGCAAGGAGUCGCUGGAAUAAAAUGUGAAUUCCAUCAGUACGGGAGAGAAGCCACAAAGAUUUUAGGGGAAUUAGAGGAGUCGAUGUAAUAUGCAGAACAGAGAAAAUUCACUACCAGGGAUCAUACCUGCAACUCCAGAUAUUGUAUAUACAAAGCGCAAACAGGAGCUGAUAAUUCUGUAAAAUACUCCAAGUUCCCAUGUGUCAGGCUCUUGAUACAAAAAUGGAACGUUUCAUGAAAAUAGUGCUAGUGACUGAAGAGCUGACAUUCAUUGCCAGUCCAGGAAGUAAGUCAUUUCCAGUCAGUUUUAACCACGUUCUCCUGAGUGAAAUGGCACCUGAAAUCACCAGGGAGGGACUUGCAAGCAAUCCAAAACCCAAGAUUCUGAUGUUUAGAUCUGAAUUUCUAACCUAGGGAAGCUCUGAAUCGGGAUUCGGAUCGACACGGAUCCCCUACAUUUCGGUUUUAUCUCAAUGGAAAGAAAGAGUGAGAGUGCACCACCUCACAAGUUACUCUUAAGUGUUCUGCAGCUAUCUUUGUAAAACCUUAUUCCUGGGGAAACCGUGACCCUUGAGGAGAAGUCAGAUCAUCUUCCUUUCACUUUGCACCCACAUCCCACAGGAAGCACGACGAUGCGGUCUUCAACAAAAUGACGGACAGAGAUGAUGUCAUUUGGCAUCUGUAGCACAUUUUAGGGAGAGAUCCGGGCCUUUUCCAUAAACGGUCCCAGGAUUCUCGAGCUGUGCCCAGCUGACAAGCUUUUGAAGAUGGCACAAUAACAGUCCAGUGAUGCCUGACCAUGACAGCACAGCCCUCUUAAGCAGGCAGACCAAGAGAAGAAGAGUUGACAUUGGAGUGAAAAGGACUGUAGGGACAGCAUCUGCAUUUUUCGCUAAGGCCAGAGCAUCGUUUUUCAGUGCCAUGAAUCCCCAAGGCUCGGAGCAGGAUGUUGAGUAUUCAGUGGUGCAGCAUGCAGAUGGGGAGAAGUCAAACGUUCUCCGCAAGCUGCUGAAGAGGGCGAACUCCUAUGAAGAUGCCAUGAUGUCUUUUCCAGGGGCAACCAUCAUUUCACAGCUGUUGAAAAAUAACAUGAACAAAAAUGGUGGCACCGAGCCCAGUUUCCAAGCCAGUGGGCUCUCCAGCACGGGCUCAGAUUUACAUCAGGAGGACGUGUGUAGCAACUCUUCAAGAGACAGCCCCCAAGAGUGUCUUUCCCCUUUUGGCAGGCCUACGAUGAGCCAGUAUGAUAUGGAUCGGUUGUGUGAUGAACACCUGAGAGCAAAGCGUGCCCGGGUUGAAAAUAUAAUUAGAGGUAUGAGCCAUUCUCCAAAUGUGCCCAUGAGGGGCAAUGAAAAUGAAAGAGAGGGAGCCCCCCGGUCUAUAAGCCCCCGAGAAAGCUAUAGAGAGAACAAGCGCAAGCAGAAGCUGCCCCAGCAGCAGCAGCAGAGUUUUCAGCAGCUGGUUUCAGCUCGGAAAGAGCAGAAGCGGGAAGAGCGCAGGCAGCUGAAGCAGCAGCUGGAGGACAUGCAGAAACAGCUGCGCCAGCUGCAAGAAAAGUUCUACCAGAUCUACGACAGCACAGACUCCGAGAACAACGAGGAUGGCAACCUCUCGGAGGACAGCAUGCACUCUGAGAUGAUAGAUGCCAGGGCCCAGGAUUCUUUGGGCAGGUCAGAUCAUGAGUUGUUUGACUUAGACCCCGGGCAGUUCAUUGACCGUGCCCGAGCCCUUAUCAGGGAGCAUGACUUAGCACCUAAUAAUCAGCCCAAGAGAGAGGGACCUAAAGUCAAAGAUCAUUUCCAUAGCACUUUCCAUCCUGAAGGUAAACAUUUGGCAGAAACGUUAAAGCAAGAACUGAACACUGCCAUGUCCCAGGUAGUGGACACCGUGGUAAAAGUGUUUUCUGCUAAGCCCAUACGCCAACUUCCUCAGGUCUUCCCGCCCAUCCAGAUUCCUCAGGCAAGAUUUGCAAUCAGUGGAGAGAACCAUAAUUUCCACACUGCCAACCAACGUCUGCAGUGCUUUGGCGAUGUCAUCAUUCCAAAUCCCCUGGACACAUUUGGUGGCGUCCAGAUGCCCAAUUCUACAGACCAAACCGAAGCAUUGCCCUUAGUUGUACGGAAAAAUUCAAACGACCAGUCAGCCCCUGGGCCUCCACCUGGCAGCCAUCAUCCUGCGCUACAUCAGUCCCCUCUCUCAGCAGCCGCCAGCUUCUCAUCCUCUUCUUUCCGUCAUCCAUUCCCCCUUCCUCUAAUGGCUUACCCAUUUCAAAACCCAUUGGGAGCUCCAUCAGCCUUUCAAGGAAAAGACAGGUCAUCCCCAGAAUCCCUAGACCUGACUAGGGAAAGCACCAGUUUGAGGACCAAGAUGUCAUCCCACCACAUGAACCAUCACCCGUGCUCCCCAGGUCACCCGCCCAGCUCAACAGAAGGGCUUUCACUAUCCUUCAUCAAGUCGGAGUGUGGAGAUAUGCAAGACAUGUCCGACAUCUCACCGUACUCUGGAAGUGCAAUGCAGGAAGGUCUGUCUCCAAAUCACUUGAAAAAGGCCAAACUGAUGUUUUUCUACACACGCUACCCAAGUUCCAACAUGCUAAAAACUUACUUCUCCGAUGUGAAGGGGUAUUCGGGGAAGAGGAGCCGGGAUGCGGCGGAGAGACCCACCGCUGUUAGACACACAAAAACCGAAACUACCUGUACAGCGACUCCGUCAUUUGGGCUGGGGCAGCUCCAGUUCAACAGAUGUAUUACCUCUCAGCUCAUCAAGUGGUUCAGCAACUUCCGAGAGUUCUACUACAUCCAGAUGGAGAAGUACGCCAGGCAAGCUAUUAAUGACGGAGUAACCAGUACCGAGGAGCUGUCCAUCACUCGGGACUGUGAGCUGUACCGCGCCCUAAACAUGCACUAUAACAAAGCUAACGACUUUGAGGUUCCGGAGAGAUUCCUGGAAGUGGCGCAGAUCACAUUACGAGAGUUUUUCAAUGCUAUUAUCGCAGGCAAAGACGUUGAUCCUUCCUGGAAGAAGGCAAUCUAUAAGGUUAUCUGCAAGUUGGACAGCGAAGUCCCUGAAAUCUUUCGUUCCCCCAACUGCCUACAAGAGCUGCUGCACGAGUGAUAAUCCCGCUGCUGGUUCUGAACGUACAGAACUGACUUUCCAUCGCCCCUUUCUCCUCUAACGCCCCUUUCUCCCCGGUUCCGUGUGCGCCUGUAUGAUUUAACUUGUGCAUCCAUGUGUACUUGCAGCGCACAUGCAUUUAGAUUCUGUAAUGUAAUUUAUUUAUAUCUUUUUCGUUUUAAUUAUAAAAAAAGAAAGAAAGUGA